AUGUCAAAUAAAUAUUCCUAAACUCAUCAAUUUUCUAAUUCAAUUUUUUAUAGAUUUUUGUGCUAAAUUUAGUAAUUUUAAACCAAAUGGAAUGGAGAUUCAACUCGGAUACUUGUGCAAGGAUGUUUCAGACCAAGCAUAAAUUGACCGACAUCACAGCCAUUUUGGGUAUUUGUACUCCGCAGGAUGUCGACAUCUUUCUGCGGCACAUGAAUAAUGCACGAUUUCUGCGUGAAUUGAAUUUUGCUAGUUUGCAUUAUUAUGCCGUAACAGAUCUGUAUAAUCGGCUGCGAGAGCGUGGUGGCAGCGUCGUUCAAAGUGCCGUCAACUUGAGAUAUCGUCGAUUUAUAUCCAUUUUCCAGCCGUACAAGAUACACACGAAACUAGUCUGGUGGGAUGAGAAAGCCAUCUAUUUGGAGCAACAGUUUGUUGGUGUAAUUAAUGGAUUUGUCAAUGCCGUCGCUCUAUCGAAACAUUCGUUUAUACAGUGCAAUGUGAUGCAGUUGCUUCAAACAUUUCCAGAAACGAUUGAUCGACCUGAAAUUCCCGAAGACCUUAAACUAUGGCUGCAAGCCAUAAAUGCAUCGAGUGGCAAAUUGAAUACUAACUAACUUGUAAAUAUUGAUUGAAGUUUGCCACUUGCAUAGAAUAAACAAUUUGCCAUCUUAAUGUUUUAUAAACCCUUCUGGC